CACGGACGAAGACAACAGUACACUUCUAGUUUCUGCAGGGAGGAUAGGAAAGUGAGAGAUAGGCCAAGGCCUAGUGUUUUUUACAAAUCAAGGUCAAAUUCAAAGGUUUCAUCAGGUGCUUUUCAACGACUCACAAGAAUGGAGAAAAAAGCCGUCUUCACGAUGAAGAUGGAAAUCAACUUGGCCCUGUUGGGGCUGACGCUGGCAUCGUUCGUCUUGAGAAUGUGGCGUCUUGAAGAACCGAGAGCAGUUGUUUUUGACGAGUUUCACUUCGGCAAGUUUAUCAACUUGUACCUCCAUCGUACCUUCUUCUUUGACAUCCACCCUCCCUUGGGCAAGCUGCUACUAGCGGGUACCAGUUACCUGGCGGGUACCAACGCCAGCUACCCCUUUGAGAGAAUUGGAGAUGAAUAUCCUUGUGACCUGCCCAUUUGGCACUUGAGGCUCCUGCCUGCUGUGUGUGGAAGCCUGCUGGUUCCCCUGGUCUACCUUGUCCUGAUUGAAAUGCGCUACUCUGACUGGACAGCGCUGUCGGCAGCCGGCCUGAUAUUGUUUGACAAUGCUCUAAUCACCCAGUCGCGGUUCAUUCUUUUGGACACCAUCCUGUUGUUUUUCACAUUCUCUGCUUUGCUGUCACUGCUAAAAUUCAGGCAAAUUGUCAGAAGUUUUAGUCUCUCAUGGUGGCUGUGGAUGCUGUCAUUGGGUGUAACCAUGACGUGCGCUGUCAGCGUCAAGUAUUCCUCCAUCUUCAUGGUGUCUCUUGUGUGUCUGAUAGUAGCCUAUGAUUACUGGCAACUCAUUGGUGACAAGUCUCUUUCGUUGAAAACUCUAUUGUGCCAUUUUCUUGCCCGCCUGUCCCUCUUGAAUAUCCUACCCCUCCUGAUGUACCUUGGUAUCUUCUAUGUCCAUCUGAGCGUGCUCAGUAAGGCCGGUCCCCAUGACAACCAGAUGACAAGUGCAUUUUCAGCAAGCUUGGAGGGAGGCCUGUCGCUGAUAACCAGAGGUCAACCACUGUUCGUGGUCUAUGGCUCCCAGGUCACCCUGCGCCAUACCCACAACCACAUGUGCUGGCUGCACUCUCACCCCCAGAACUAUCCCAUCAUGUACGAAAGUGGGCGAGGCAGCUCGGGUCAACAGCAGGUCACGUGCUACGGUUUCAAGGACAUGAAUAACUGGUGGAUUAUUAAAAACCCUGGAAGCUCUUUCAUUGGGGUCAGUGACCCCCCCAAGCAGAUAAAAAACGGUGACAUCGUUCAGCUGGUCCAUGGAAAAACAGGCAGGGUGCUAAACAGUCAUGAUGUCGCUGCCCCGGUGUUACCACAUUUCAUGGAGGUUUCAGGCUACAUUGAUUAUAACAUCAGCAUGCCAGAACAGAGCCUCUGGAAAGUGGCCAUAGUCAAUGCCGAGACCGAAGGUGAGACUUGGAAGGCGGUGUCGUCCCAUGUCAGGUUCCUCCACGUGAACACGUCCCAGUACCUGCGAGUGACCGGGCAGCAGCUGCCCGACUGGGGGUUCUACCAGUAUGAGAUGGCCACCGAUCGUGACGUGCACCAGGACGACAACGUCUGGAAUGUGGAAGAGCACCAGUACGUCGCGGUUUCAGAGAAUGGUGAUGCAGUAGUGCAUCACCCUCAGGUAGAGCCUUCUGAUGAAACAAAGGUGCUGAACUUUUGGGAGAAAUUCAUCGAGCUACAGAUGAAGAUGUUCACCAAAAAUUCUGAGAUUCAGCUCGAGCAUCGGUAUCGGUCUGCGCCCCUGGACUGGCCCCUGACCCAACGGGGCAUAGCAUUCUGGAUACAAAAGGACUCCAAUAUGCAAAUACAUCUCCUCGGCAACCCGGUGACAUGGUGCGCGGCGACUCUCAGCAUCCCCGUAUUCCUCAUCAUUCUCCUCACCCUGGUCAUCCGGCGGAGGCGGAAAUGUCAAGAUUUGGGAGAAGGUGACUGGAACCGGCUGGCCCUGACAUCGGUGGUCCUCCUCGGGGGUUGGGCCCUGAACUACCUCCCUUAUUUCUUGAUGGAGCGAACCCUGUUCUUGCACCAUUACCUGCCAGCUCUGCUUUGUAAGGUCAUGCUGCUUGCUGCAACCUGGGAAUGGAUCUACACCCUCCUAUUGAGGUCCUUCAUCCAGCGUCACGUUUUCACAGCCCUGGUGGUGGUAUUUGUCAGUGCAGUGCUCGCUGCAUGGCUGAACCUAGUUCCUUUCACCUACGGCCACACAGCGUUAACGGCUGAGGAGAUAGUGUCAGCAAGGUGGAUGGACACAUGGGCUUUCCUCGUACAGAGAUGAGAUUGAAACAGCCCCUAUCCUAUGAACGUUUCAUCCUCUCAAUGUACAGACUUAUCGGUCUCUCUCAAAUGAUGUCACUUUCUGCUGAAGGCCACCCGCAUCAGCAUUUGGGGCGUCAAUUUUUCAUGAUGGGCACCGACUUCAGGAUUUUGAAGACAUUAGGAUCGACAUGCGCGUGCGUAUGGAACAUUUUCCACGCUACAUGCAAUAGAAACUCUCAAAUGAUGAAAUUUGUAUUUUUUUGCGUUUGGCAGUUAACAUCAGUGGCAGAUCACACCAUGUCAUUCAAUAGGGCAAUGGCUGGUGUUGGUCCAGUGCACUUUACACAGUGCCACAAGACCCCCCCCCAUGCCAUUGGAUGCAUUUUGUUGCAUUUGGUGGUGUUUUCAUGUCAGCUGUUUUGCAUUCUGUUGCAUUUAGCAGGGGUCUCAUGUCAGCUAUGCUGCAGUUUGUUGCAUUCAACAGGGGUCU